CUGUGUCAUUAGUGUCAACGUCAUUGUCAAUCACGCAAGUCGAGGAGGAGGACCCAAACAGAAAUUAAAAUUCAAUCCCCACCACGGAAUUCAGCUUUCACCAUGGCCACUGCAAUGUUCGCGCGGGUGACGUUCUAUCCCACCUUAUUAUACAAUGUGGUCAUGGAAAAGGUGACCAGCAGACGCUGGUACGACCGAAUGGAUGACACCGUAAUCCUAGGAGCAUUACCUUUCCAAAAUAUGACUAAACAGUUAAAGGAUGAGGAAAACAUGAAAGGUGUAGUUUCAAUGAAUGAGACAUAUGAGUUGAAAAUAUUCUCCAACGAUGCAGAGAAAUGGCGGGAGCAAGGCGUGGAAUUUCUUCAGCUAGCCACAACAGACAUAUUUGAAGCGCCCGACCAGGACAAACUGUAUGAGGGCGUCACUUUUAUAAAUAGGUUUCUUCCAGCAGACCGCAAGCUGUCAGGAGUGCCGACAGACAACGAGCAGAUCAACAGCGGCUCCGUGUACGUGCACUGCAAGGCGGGGAGAACACGCAGCGCCACGCUUGUAGGCUGCUAUCUUAUGAUGAAAAAUGGCUGGUCUCCCGAAGAAGCCGUGAAGUACAUGCGGUCCCGGCGGCCCCACAUCCUUCUGCACACGAAGCAGUGGGAGGCGCUAGACAUAUUCCAUAGACAACACGUCACCAGGACAUGAGGUGACGUAACACCAUAAAUUAAUAUAACCUGCCUGUUAUAUAUUAGGUAGAUUAAAGGUCGUAGCAUCCGUAUUAAUUUGGAAAGGGAUCGUGGCAGUAUGAAACUCGAAUAGCUUCAUCCUGCGGUUUAACCCGCGUCGCGAAGUAACUUUUUCUUUUACAUGGGUAAAAGUAGGCUGUAGGUAUAUUAUUCUGACACAAGCUAUGUUUAGUGUAACUUUCCUUAUUGAUAUGUAUGCUACGACCCUAAUAUAGAUAAUAUUGACAUUAUACUGCCCUAUGAUAUAAACUUCCAGAAUUGUAUUUGGAUGUAGCUUGAAUAUUUAAUCUGUGUUUCACAGUAUAUUUGUAUAAUAUGGGCCGCCUCAGUAAUACCUCACAACUGUAAUUCGCAUAAUAAUAACGUUACGUUAUCGUUAAUAUUACCUCUAUAAAUUAUAAGCAAUAUGAAUGACAUUUACAAUCCAACUUUUGUGGUAUUUUUUAAAUAUUUAUUUGUACUUACGGAAGUGGGUACAAACUUGUAGCCGGACGACAUUCACCGAUACCAAAAUGGUUACCUCCAAUGUUAAAUAAAUAUAGAUUUAUUUUAAACGACAAACUAUACAGUUCAUUUAUAAAAUAUAUGUACGACAGCACAUCAACUUACCUAAAAUUUCUUCAAUCGAUUUUGAACCUUAUCACAAUAAAGGAAGGUUGAUGUUCGAUUGGUAAAAUUUGACAGAUAUGGGUAAGUGGAUCUGCUGGCGUUGUACUUUCUAAAAUAUGGCGCUCAAAAAAGUACAUUAUAAGACAAAUACAGUUUUCAUAUUGAAACCUGUAUAUUCAACAGGCACGCUUAUUUUUUCAUACAGAAGUACAAAUUGUUGGUGCAGCACGACUUUUUUUAGAGGAGUCAUGUCAUCCAUGUUACCCCUUGUCUAUGCUCCUUUAAAAGAAAUCUUGCGAGUGCUGUAAAAUCCAUUAAGUACAUUCUAUUUUUACCAUGAAUACGUGUAUCUUAAAAUAUACUUUUAAAACAAAAUUAUGUUAUUUCGUUACCACACCUAACUAGGUCUCGAGUUCAUGAGGGUAUAAUUUAACUACAGUUUUCGCCAACUAACUUUGCGUUUCUGUUGUUAGUCAUUUCAUGCUUUAUGCAUGCGUAGUAGUAAUCUGUUAAUAGAUCUUUUGAACUGUGAAAUCAAUAGUAGCCAUGUUCGGACCAGAUCUGCUCGAACAAUUGAGCAAGCUAUUCAUUGGCUAACUUCACAAAUGAAAAGAUAAUUGGCGCGAACCGAGUUCUGAGUGUUCAAACGUAACUUAAUUUUCAAUAUUGUUAUUUAAAAUGUUAAAUGAAGAGGCUUUUGAUCAGACAAAAGUUGUUUUAGUUAGACAAUUUUAUUGUAUAGUAAUAAAUAACAAAAUAUUAGCGCAAAUUAAUGAUAAUCUACAAUGUAGUUUAUUUAUUUUUGUAUAAAAUAAUAAUGUAUAUUUGGACGAUUAAAAUAUAUUAUUGUUUUAAGUAAA